AUGCGCCUUUCUUCUUCUUCUUGUUCUACUACUACUACUACUACUACUACUACUACUACUACUACUAUUACCUCUUCUUCUUCUUCUUUCUUCUUCUUUUUCUUCUUCUUUUUCUUCUUCUACUACUACUACUACCUCUUCUUCUUCUUUUCUAUGAUUUUUCUUUCUUUCUUUCUUUCUUUCUUUCUUUCUUUCUUUCCCUUGCUUUCUUUUAUUAGUCUUUUUUUCUCUUUCUUUUACACCCUUUCUUUCUUUCUUUCUUUCUUUCUUUCUUUCUUUCUUUCUUUCUUUCUUUCUUUCUUUUAUUCCCUUCGCUUCAUUGCUUUCUUUUAUCACUCUUUUUCUUUCUUUGUUUUAGUACUCUUUCUUUCUUUCUUUCUUUCUUUCUUUCUUUCUUUCUUUCUUUCUUUCUUUUACUACACUUUUUCUUUGUUUCACAUAUUCUUUCUUUUUAUGUUCUCUUUGCAUACAUUUGAUUUCCUUCAUUCUUUUUUUUUUUCCUGCUUGUCUUUCUUUCUUUCUUUUCUUUCUUUCUUUUCUUUCUUUCUGUCUCCCUUCUUUAAAUGGUUUUAUAAAUUUUCUUUUCUAUUUUCUUUCUGUCUGCCUGUUUAUCUUUCUUUUCUUUCUUUUUUGUCUUUUCUCUUUCUCUCUUUCUUUUUUCUUUCUUUCUUUCUUUCUUUCUUUCUUUCUUUCUUUUUUUCUUUUUGUCUCUCUUCAGGCCGCUGUCUUUCUUUCUUUCUUUCUUUCUUUUGUCUUUCUCUCUGUCAGGCUGUCUUUCUUUCUUUCUUUCUUUCUUUCUUUCUUUCUGUCUGUCAGGCUGUCUUUCUUUCUUUCUUUCUUUCUUUCUUUCUUUCUUUCUUUCUUACUUUCUUUCUUUCUGUCUCCCUGUCUUCUUUAAGUUCCCCACAUGGUUUUAUAGCUUUUCUUUCUAUUUUCUUUCUGUCUGCCUGUUUAUCUUUCUUUCUUUCUUUCUUUUUGUCUUUCUCUCUGUCAGGCUGUCUUUCUUUCUUUCUUUCUUUUCUUUCUUUCUUUCUUUUCUCUCUGUCAUGUAUGCCUUUCCUCCGGAUUUUUCUUUCUUUCUGUCUUUCUUUUUGUCUUUCUGUCUGUCUGGCUUUCUUUCUUUCAUUCUUUCUUUCUUUCUUUCUUUCUGUCUCCCUGUCUUCUUUAAGUUCCCACAUUUUUAUACUUUCUGUCUGCCUGUUUAUCUUUCUUUCUUUCUUUCUUUCUCUCUGUCAGGCUGUCUUUCUUUCUUUCUUUUUUCUUUCUUUCUUUCUUUCUUUUUUGUCUUUCUCUCUGUCAGGCCGUCUGUAUUUUCCUCCGGAUUUUCUUUUUUUUUCUGUCUUUCUUUCUUUUGUCUUUCUGUCUGUCAGGCUGUCUUUCUUUCUUUCUUUCUUUCUUUCUUUCUUUCUUUCUUUCUUACUUUCUUUCUGUCUUUCUCUCUGUCUGGCUGUCUUUCUUUCUUUCUGUCUUUCUUUCUUUUGUCUUUCUGUCUGUCAGUUUUCUCUCUGUCAGGCUGUCUUUCUUUCUUUCUUUCUUUCUUUCUUUUUGUCUUUCUCUCUGUCAGGCUGUCUUUCUUUCUUUCUUUCUUUUGUCUUUCUGUCUGUCAGGCUUUCUUUCUUUUCUUUCUUUCUUUUGUCUUUCUCUCUGUCAGGCUGUCUUUCUUUCUUUCUUUCUUUCUUUCUUUCUUUCUUUCUUUCUUUCUCCCUCUUUUCUUUCUAUUUUUUUCUGUCUGCCUGUUUAUCUUUCUUUCUUUCUUUUUUUUGUCUUUCUUCUGUUCUUUUCUUCUUUCUUUUCUUUUCUUUCUUUUUUUUGUCUUUCUCUCUGUCAGGCCGUCUGUAUGCCUUUCCUCCGGAUUUUCUUUUUUUCUGUCUUUCUUUCUUUUUGUCUUUCUGUCUGUCAGGCUGUCUUUCUUUCUUUCUUUCUUUCUUUCUUUCUUUCUUUCUUUCUUUUUGUCUUUCUGUCUGUCAGGCUGUUUUCUUUCUUUCUUUCUUUCUUUCUGUCUCCCUGUCUUCUUUAAGUUCCCCACAUGGUUUUAUAGCUUUUCUUUCUAUUUUCUUUCUGUCUGCCUGUUUAUCUUUCUUUCUUUCUUUCUUUUUGUCUUUCUCUCUGUCAGGCUGUCUUUCUUUCUUUCUUUCUUUCUUUCUUUCUGUCUUUCUCUCUGUCAGGCCGUCUGUAUGCCUUUCCUCCGGAUUUUCUUUUUUUCUGUCUUUCUUUCUUUUUGUCUUUCUGUCUGUCAGGCUGUCUUUCUUUCUUUCUUUCUUUCUUUCUUUCUUUCUUUCUUUCUUUUUGUCUUUCUCUCUGUCAGGCCGUCUGUAUGCCUUUCCUCCGGAUUUUCUUUUUUUCUGUCUUUCUUUUUUGUCUUUGUCUUUCUUUUUUUUUCUUUCUUUCUUUUUUUUGUCUUUCUCUCUGUCAGGCCGUCUGUAUGCCUUUCCUCCGGAUUUUCUUUUUUUUCUGUCUUUCUUUUCUUUUGUCUUUCUGUCUGUCAGGCUGUCUUUCUUUC